ACGAAGCGACCAUCAGUUCGUGUCCGCAACCCACAACAGAUACUUCGGCAGAUACACAUCGCGAAAAUCUAUUGCAUCAUGUUGUUCAAGAUUGUUGCCUGUGUUGGAAUUUUGGUUGUCACUGCCACUGCUCAGAGUCAUUACGGACUACACAAUGAAGCCCAGCACGACGCCGGAAACUAUCACCACGACACCGGAAAUUAUCAUCAUGACGAAGAUCAUCAUGGUCCUGCUCACUAUGAAUAUCACUACGAUGUUCAUGACGAACACACCGGAGAUGUCCAUGGCCAUCGGGAAGCACGGAAAGACGACAGCACCCAUGGCGAGUACUAUCUCAUUGACGCCGAUGGGCAUAAGCGCACCGUGAAAUAUCAUGUGGAAGGAAAGAGUGGAUUUAUCGCUGAAGUUCAUCGAGAAGCCGUGAAAGGAUUCCAUGACGCUCCUGAGCGUCAUAAUUACCAUCACAAAUUUGAAUAGAAACGGGUAAUUUUCGUAUCGGCAACCAGCUGUAAAGUAGUCAUUAGCUACGUUAAACAUACGACUAAGUCAACUAAAUAAAUUGUGUAACCCUUGGUA